CAGCAGCAAUCUAUCUCAUAAGCCACAAGGGAUACAUACACUUUUUCCUCCUCCCUUUCAGGGGGAAAAAAAGGAGGGACCACAACAGAACCCUUCAUUCAGAAUCUUAAGAUAUUAUAUGGGUGCCCCUUGAAAUCCAGUCUGGGAUGAUAAAUAAGAGGAGGGGUAUGAGAUGUUGGGAGGUGGAAGGUUAGAAUGAGAAGGAAGGGAAGAUAAAGAAGAGCAACAAAUCAGGCUGCAGGAUAGACCCAGAGACACUAAUGUAAAAUGGAAUGGGAGAAAGGGGGAUGGUGUGACAGGAAAGCAGUGCAGCCGGGUGCUGCUGGAUGCCUGCGAGAAUGAGCAGCAAGGACUUCUGCAGCAGUCAACUGUGCAGCAUUGGGCUGGUGUCUACAAAGCUUUGUGUCUGCCGGACACCUUCCUUCAUUCGUGCAGCUGAGGAUGUGAGGAAAAGACACUGCUCCCUGGACUGAGGAUGCCGGAGUCUGAAGACUGGACCACAUAGAAGAGAAGAGACAUGGCAGCAGCACCAGUGCCAGCAUCCGCACACACAUGCUACCAGACACAACACUGCUUCUCCAGGAAACAAGACAUCCGCUAAUAAAGGCACUACCAUACAUACACAGGCACACACGUUACUCCUGAACUAAGCGCGAUAUGUUCAUUUAUCCACAUCAACAUUUGCUGAGCAAUCCACAUCUACAACUGCAAUCCGUCCACGACAUCCAGUAUAUGUCUGCACUGUGAUUUAUAUAUAGACAUAUACUCGUCAUGACAUGAACCGACAAACACGUUUCUUUUCUUUUUUUUUAGACACAUUUACAGUCAGUUUCUAAAAGAAAAAAAAUUGAGAGCCAGCUAUUGUCGCUGACACGCACAAAUCACUGUUUACCUAUAGCACCACACAUAGGCAUCUCCCUGCAGGAAAGAUCACAUUAACGCACACGUUGCAAAUAUUAUGACACAGCCAAACUGAACAGAGUUAAAAUAACAGGCACUGCUCUGUGCAUAGAGCUGUAUUCACACUGCACAGCUAUACAAUAGUCACUCACAAACAAACACAAUCUACCAGUUCUUGCCUAAUCAACGUCCAGCACUGAGCUACAGGAAUAUAGAUACUUGUCACCAUGAGUGAUUCCCAGGACCCGUCCUAUCUUCUUGUGAAGAUUUUAGAAGAUUUAGACUCAAAACAGAAUUCAGUCUCUUACCAAGACCUAUGUAAAUCUCUAUGUUCCCGAUAUGAACUACCUGAACUUGCAAAGCUGCGCAGCCUCCUGUACUACACUGCUUGUCAAGAUCCCAGCUUUCCUGCAAGUCUCUUCCGAGACAAGAUGAGAAAUGCAGCAGAAAAUCAACAGUCCAAGAAAAUCAUAGCAGCUGCCGAUAUAGUCACUAUAUUUAACUUGAUACAAAUGAAUGAUGGAGCUGCCAAAGAAAAAUUGCCCAUUCAACAGCAGUCUCAACAGAAAGAGGGCAUGGAAUCUGACAUGGAUGUUUACAGUGGCAAAGAGAAAGCCCCUCAUAAAGAAGCACAGAAACGAGAUACCAGUCGGAGCUAUUCCAUCACCAGGUCCUCCAGCUGCCACAAAGAAGAGUGUGAAGGAUGUCAUACAUUUCUUCCUGAGCCAAAUUUCCUCCUAGGAGUUAAGAAAGAGGGAAAUGAGCGCGCGGCUUCUAUGGAAAGAUUGCAAGCUUUGGACUCGUAUCCAAUGGUAACACCGCAAUCCUGUGAAAUGCAAAGCACCUAUUUCCCCAGUCAGCCAUUAUCUGAGCCGGAAUCACUGCCACCUACACCAAGUGAAGAGCCUUUCAGACUUCCAGCUUCUUCUGGGCAGAGAAGAAAUGUUUUUAAGGAUGAUUUCCAUAACUUAUUCAGAACGUCACCGAAUGUCACAAUGAAAAAGAAUGAAGGGAAAAUAAGCCCCAAGACAGUUUUUUUCAAUCACAGUUUCGAGAUGCCAUACAGCUCUCACUAUCUUAACACAGCAUACUCCUCUUCUGAGGACUUUCGAAGGGCAAAGCAUGAAAGCUUAGAUGAUCUUCAGGCCUCCACAUACUUUGGUCCAACAACUGGUUCAGGAUUACAAGAUCAAAAAAGGUUUAUUACCAAGCCCAAACACCUUAUAGGAAAGCCUGUAAAAAGCUGGAGUUUAAACACUGAAGAGGUACCAGAUUUUGAACGCUCAUUUUUUAAUAGGAAAGAGGAAGCUAUGUGCUACCCAACCACUAGUUUACAGACAACAAAUUUUGUUACAGUACCAGAAAGACAUCAUUCUUACUUACCAGAUCUAGCACUAAAAAAUAAUGGAAAGAAAUUUUGUGAGCCCCAAGAUGUUGAGAAACAAGAGGCAUUAAGGAGAUUCAGAGACAAGGGCACAAAAACUCCAUCCUGUCAAUUCAGUGUAGAGAAGUCUGAAAGCGUUGGUACACAGACAGAACAAAUUGAUGCAAAGAAAGGAAAGGAAUCAAACAUCCCCUCCAACUGCAGCCGCUAUAUAGAAGGCAGGGCUCGUAACCAGUCAGAAGCGGACUCUGAAAUCAUUAGUGAUGACAUAAGUGACAUAUUCAGAUUCCUGGACGAUAUGAGUCUUUGUGGAUCUUCUGGCAUUCCUCAAUCCUCAUGCUACAAUAGCUGUGGUUCCUUAGCUCAACUUCCAAGAGCUGACAUUGAAAGUUCUCCAGAACAUGCUUCAGGUAGAGCUAACAAAAUACCAACCAAGGGCCCACGGAGUGAGACUAUGGAAGAAGAAGAACUGAAAAGUAGUGUCAGAAAGUUAGUCAGAAGAAUUGGAGAGAUAGAGAAGAAGUUAGAGUCGCUUUCUGGUGUGCGUGAUGAGGUAUCCCAAGUGUUGGCCAAGCUAAAUAAGUUAGAUGAAAGAAUACAGCCCCCAGAGAAAGCAAAGUUAGAGACUGAAAGUCAGCCUCAUAGUGAUGUCAUUUCCAGUACAAGAGCUUCGCCAAGUUCAUUCCAAGAUCAAAAUUCAUCCCACAAUGGGAACACGGACAAGUCUGACUGCUGUUGUCCAGACAUUACUAAUGCUACCACGGAAAGUCUCAGAGUCAAAGCCAUGAAAAAAAAUCUUUUCUCACAAAGGUCUGUCCGUUCAUUAACUGAAGAUAUUACUACCAGUGAGUCUAAGCCGGGAAAUUCCCAGCAUGAAUGUCGACCUUGGGGAUUUCCCAAACAAUCCAGCGUAUCGGAGGAAGAAAAGAAGGAUAAAGGAGGAUCAAGUAGAGACUGGCACCGCAAAUCGAAAGAGGUGGAUCGCCAGCAUGAAAUACCUCAUUUGCACAGGAUGCCAAAGCCAGGCAGGGACUCAUAUAUUGUGGAACAAGUGUUUAGUCCUCAUCCUUAUCCAUCAUCUCUGAAGUCCCACAUGAAAGGCAACCCCAUUUACACAGACAUGCAUCUAACAGAAAUGUCAGAGAUAAAACGAACCCAACCAUCAUGGACUAUAGAAGAAUGUGCACACAACUCAGGAGAAAAGGGGCGUCUGACAGCACUGGAUAUCCAGACUCAGGAAUCCCUGAACCCAAAUAAUUUGGAGUUUUGGAUGGAAGACAUUUACACACCGGGUUACGAUUCUCUGCUGAAAAGAAAGGAAGCAGAGUUCCGGCGAGCCAAGGUCUGUAAGAUGGCGGCGCUUAUCACCGCAGCUGCCUGUACGGUAAUUUUAGUCAUUGUGGUACCUAUUUGCACCAUGAAGUCCUAAUCUCCAGAAACAGAAAGACUGCUCAACUUGCACUCCCCAUGAAUCCUGUGUAUACUGACCAGGAAUGGGUAAAUAUAGCUACUGAUAUACAUCAAUCCCUGUGGAGUAGAAACUAAAAGAUAUGGAACAAUAUAUAUAUAUAGGACACUCACAAUGUGCACAUUAAAGGUAUGAUGCUAGCAUUUUCUAUGAACUCAGAUAAUAGGCGUAGGAAUUACACUAUGGCAAAUCCUCCUCCCUCCAGAGAGAUCCUCUUGGAUAGUCAUCAGACAGUAUAAAAACCACAACAAAGAAGACACAUCAAGCUGACAUACAUGCACAGACCUCAAAGAUGUGAAUUCAGCAUUCAUCUGCAUAAGAGAAAAGGAACAAGACAUUUAGAGGACAAACGGUGAACAGCCAAAGAGAUGAUGCAGCAUCAAAAGAACAGCAAUACACAAUCAUUCCAUCUUUCGUGCCUUUCUUCGAUACAUUGACAGCGAUUCUUGCUUUUAGCAUUACAUGUAUUUUUUUAUUUGAAUUUAGGAUAAUUUGCCUCUUAAAAGUUCAGAACCAUAAAGAGCCACAUUUGGCCCCCUCAGUGAGCUUUCAAUAUUUACAUACAGAGUUACAGACUCAAUGUCAAAAUUUGCCGCUCCCUGGUUGGAAAUAAGCCUAGUUAAGAUAAACAUGAUUGUUAUUCAGUGAUGACAGUGAAAGAAUGUGACGUCAGAACUGUAAUGUGCAAAACCGACAUUUUAAGCUUGCGCAGUCUUUAAGUCAGUGACCGGUUCAUCAGGAAUGCUCCAGUAUUCGGAAAAAAAAAAAAAAAGGUCUGUUUUCUUUCCAAAAAUCAGCACCUCUAUUUUUAUGGGUAGUGUCUGGCUCAGCUGCAAUACCAGACACAGCCAGUGGACAUGAAUGGUGCUGUUCUGUGGAAUGAAAACAAACUUUUUUUUUUCCAAUAUCUGGUUCUUGUUAUGCAAAGAGUUCAAGGUGGGAGAUUUCCUUCCUCAUAAUAUACUAAAAGCAGCAUAGACUCUCACCUGUAAUAAAAAGGGCAAGCUAUUUUCUUACUCCUGAAAAUCUACAAAUAAAUAUGUCAGAUUAUUUACAAGAGCAAAGACAUUGGGAAAUGUUGACUAUAUUAUAUAGAUAUAUAUAUUGUAUAAUGUGAAUGUAUAAGAAUAUGCAUUGUACUCAAUACUACUAUUAGCAUGAAUUCUAUAUUAUAUACUGAUACAUAAUUAUUAUUAAUAUUAUGAAUAUUAUUAAGGGGCCUUGUCAUUUAGGCCAGACAUCUCUGGUAGGCUAUAUAUUGAGCUAAGUUAGAGAUCUUUGUGGUCUAUAUGUGAAGAAAAUAAAAUACUAAAUACGUGAAGAAAAUAAAAGACUAAAUAAGAGAUAUAUGUGAUCAUCAGCAAAUUUAUGAAGAACUCUUUAUGCCAGUCUUUAGAAAGAUUAAAAUGUGUCAUCUUAAUGCACAGGAAGAAUGUAUAAGGAAAGGCGCUAUUUCAUUAAAAAUAUUUGAAAUAGA